AUGGAGCGGUCUUGGCUGCUCAUGCUGCCCGGGCUCUGGCUCCUGUUGUGCAGCGGGGAGAGCGCAGAGGACGGAGGCUGGCGCAGCAGUGCAGAUCCCAGACUGGACGAUGGGGGGCGCUGUAACAUCGAAGUGGUGGACUCUAUCUCAUCUGCAGACUUCUUGAACAGGUUUGCCUUCAGUCGCCCGGUGAUUCUCAGGGGCCUCACUGACAACACGAAAUUCCGCCGUUUGUGCCAAAAACAGAAUUUACUGAAAGAAUUUGGAGACAGAGUGGUGAGACUGAGCACAGCCAACACGCACUCCUACAGGAAAGUGGACGUGUUGUUCUCGGUGUAUGUGAACGAGCUGUUGCGGCCUCAGGCGCCGGACACACUGGGCAGCGAUACUCUGUACUUCUUCGGGGACAAUAACCUGAGUGAGUGGCACAGUCUGUUCUCGGAGUACAAGCCUCCUCCCUUCAGCCUGCCACAGCGCAGCGCCAUCUACAGCUUUGGGAUUGCAGGUGCAGGGACUGGAGUUCCAUUCCACUGGCAUGGUCCCGGGUUCUCUGAGGUCAUCUACGGACGCAAGCGCUGGUUCCUGUAUCCUCCAGAGCAGCAGCCGCACUUCCACCCCAACAUGAGCACUCUGUCCUGGGUCACACACACGCUCAGCUCCCUGCCCCUUGAGGAGGCCCCGCUGGAGUGCACCAUCCGGCCUGGAGAGGCGCUCUUCUUUCCUGAUCGCUGGUGGCACGCAACCCUCAACUUGGACACCAGCGUCUUCAUCUCCACCUUCCUGGGAUGA